ACAUGGCCAAGAUAGAGGGCAGACGAACGGGCUGUGUGGUCCACCAAGUCCUUCUGCACGGAGAGGAUCCUCGUGUAACAGGGGGCUGCUCCCGACUGCUGCAGUUACAGAUGUUCUCUCAGCAGCUGGUGCACACCAGAGAGCAGAUAGAUUUUACUGCAUGCGGUCUCUUCCCGUUGGACAUGACCUUACUGCACUCUGUGGUGGGGGCAGUGACCACCUACAUCAUCAUUUUGAUGCAAUUUCAAACCAAGUAGCUGUGUGGAGAUCGAUCUCGUCUUAUUCGCAGGAAACGGUAAGAGCGAUGCGAGGGAAAGUCAAAUGUUAAAGGCAUUUACUUUACCUCAGAAGUUAUGUUAAUUUUCGAAUUAUUUCCAUUAAGUAGUCACUUAGAUGCUACCAUCGAAAUGAAGUUAUUUGUUUGAAUCUGCUUAUUAGUCUUUUUUUAAUUUUAAAGGAUGGUGGUCUUAUGCUUCCUUUUCGUACCACCAGUUUUCUCGUUGUGUUCCACACUAAGUGUGCCUAACGACUGCAAUUUAAACAGCGUAUUUAAGUAAUACAGUAGUUAAAUCAAAAUCAACUUAUCUGUCAGGGUUAUAGGCUACUCGUAAGUUGCAAUUUAUGAAGAAAGAAAAUUUUGGGGGUGACAUCAGAAGUGUUUUUGGAACAUCGCGUGACGUACACUUCUAUUCAAAUGUUUUUAUCUGUACAUAUAAUGUAGCAGAAAUUGAAGGUAUAAUUUCACAGACUAGUGACUUAUUUGUGUCCUGAAUUUCGUAUGAUACUGAUUUUAACGUUUAUAUUUGUGCGACAUAACCUAAAAGGUUACCCAUUCUCCAUGUGUAUAAUGUUCAACAUGAAGCCCAUUGUAUAUUACGUCACGUAAGUUGUUCUGCAUGUAGAGAAUGUCCAGCAACAGGGUACCCAUUGCUUAACUACAGCUGUCAAAAAAUUAAAAUAAACGUGGGUCUUAUCUGCAACGGUUUGACAAGAAAAUACUCCGUACUCACAAUGCGUUGGCUGUGUUUGAGAAAUUUGUUCACUAAGCUACGCAAAUG